AUUUACUCCUCUUCUGUAAGAGUUAAGAGUUUAACCUACUAGAAAAUACAGAAAAGUAAGCUCCCCUGAACAAGUCCCUUGGACUCUUUCCAAAUUUUCAUUUUAAAAUAUUUUCUCUCUGUAAUCUCAAUCUGUAUGAACCCUUCAAACCAACCAUGAACCGUUGAUAUCAAAAUAGACGAUCCAUAUAGAAUCUUAUAAGAAAAUAUAUGCCGUUCAUAACGGUGCAAGAUCAUCUUGAAUUAACAAAUAUUAUCCGUUGAUUACAUUGCACUCAACAAACACCGUUGAUAACAGCAGAAAAACAAAAGAUCAGGAUUACGUUCCUAAAUAUUUUCUUCUCUAUAAAUACGCAUUCCGAAAUCUCUCAUUUUCAUCACAACUCAGAUCCAAUUGUUCCCUCUUAAAACCCUAAACGAAAAUUACAUUCUGCAUAAAUCUCAAAUGGCUCCAAGGAAGCAAUUAGCAACAAAGGCAGCUAGAAAAUCAGCACCUGCAACAGGAGGAGUGAAGAAACCUGAUAGAUUCAGGCCAGGAACUGUAGCUUUAAGAGAAAUAAGAAAGUAUCAAAAGAGUACUGAACUUUUGAUCCGUAAACUUCCAUUUCAACGUUUGGUUCGAGAGAUUGCUCAGGAUUUUAAGACUGAUUUAAGGUUUCAAAGUUCAGCAGUUGCAGCUCUUCAAGAAGCAGCUGAAGCUUAUCUUGUUGGUCUCUUUGAAGAUACUAAUAUCUGUGCAAUUCAUGCUAAGAGGGUUACCAUCAUGCCUAAGGAUAUUCAACUUGCUAGGAGAAUCAGAGAUGAACGUGCUUGAAGAAUGACAUAAACUAGGGUUUCUGUGUAAAUGUGCUGGAGAUUUAAGGCUAAGAUGAAUGAUUUUAGUUGGUAGUAUUUUCUUUUCUGAAUGGAAUGGAUUUUGUAUCAGUCAUGCACUGCUUAAUUACCAUCCAAUGAAAUCAAGAUUUGGUUCUA